AUGGAGCCAUGGCCCGACGACUUAGCCGAUGAUCUCCAAAGCGUUAGCUUCAACUCUACUAACACAACCGCUACUACAAUCAACCGCAGCACCAGCUCCGGCUCCUACGACGCCACAGCACUGACGCCAGUUCCCGCCACUCACAUCUCCUUCUCUUCAAAAUCCAAAUCCAACCACUCCCUCUCCCUCUCCCUCUCCGACAUCCGGUUUUCUCUCCUUCUUGGCUACGGAGACAUCGGCUCCGUCUACUUAGCGGAGCUGAAGAAGAACAAUGAUGGUACCACUAUCAGUACCAAUAACAACAACGGCCUCUUGGCCGCUAAAGUGAUGGACAAGAAAGAACUUACUUCUAGAAGCAAAGAAGGACGAGCUAAGACUGAGAGGGGAAUACUUGAACAGUUGGACCAUCCUUUCUUGCCAACGCUUUAUGCUUGUAUAGACUCGCAGAAAUGGCUCUGUUUGUUAACGGAGUUUUGCCCCGGUGGUGACCUCCACGUGCUCCGACAACGCCAGCCUAACAAACGCUUCGAAGAAACUGCCGUAAGCUUACGACAUGACAGACCUUUCAUGGUUUCAAUGGCAAAUGCGGGGCCAAAUACAAAUGGCUCUCAGUUCUUCAUCACCACAGAGGCUACACCUUGGCUGGACAAUAAGCACACUGUUUUUGGUAGUACUUAUAAUGGGCAUGGAUGUUAUACAGGUAAAAUUUGUGCACUUGCCCUAGUGUAUCUUCUCUUAGAGAUAGACUUGCCCGGCGGUUCUAAUGCAUGUUUCACUGAUUGA